UGAGUCUAGGCUUCUCAUUGGCCAAACUUUAUUCCCAGUAGUCACAUGAGGCUUAUGCUAACUACUCUUGGUUCUUCACGAUAGUAUGAAGGCCUUCUCCAACCAAUAGAAAUGCAGCCAAGGUAAAGUAGACCCAUAGCGGCUGCACUGAGGCUCGUUCUUGUGUGUAUUCCCAGAUCAUGGAUCUGAUCGCGGUUCUGGAGCACUGUGACGAGGUGGACCAGCUCGUUCUCAGGAACACCGGGAUGACCGACCAUUUGCUCCGGGCUCUGGCGGCAGCUUUGAUAAAGAGCGAGUCUGACGUGGAAACCAUAAACCUCAAUCUAAAUGAUCUGGGCCCGGCCGGAGCCGACGAUAUUGUCCGUAUCAUGGAGGCGAAACCCAGCGUCAACAGUCUCCUGUUAUAUGGGAACCAUUUAGGAGACAACGGAAUCAGAAGACUGAUGGAGGGCCUCUCGGCUCUGUACAGCCCACAGGCAGAAACAUCGGUGCCGUUCCCAGGCCAAUACAACGACCUUACGGAACUGGACAUAGGAGGAAACCAUAUCACCGCCGAUGGACUUGGAACCGUUGCGGCCUUUUUGAGGUUGGACCCUCCCCUUAAAAGCCUGGGCUUGGCCCAUUGCGCCACCUGUGGGUGGGAGGACUGGGGGGAAGUGUUUGACGCGGUGAAGACAAAUACGAACAUUACCAACAUCUUGCUGGAUGAGAACGGCCUUGGGGACAAAGGGGCCCGACUCCUAGCCGAAGCCAUCAGAGUCAACACCAGCCUGGUUACUCUGGAUCUGGACGGCAACGGUAUCGGGGAUACAGGGGGAGAUGCACUGGCUCUGAGUAUAACAUGGAGCAGGGGCAGUGCCCUCCAGAACAUCAGCUUAGAUGAAAAUCCCAUCAGCGAGGAGGCUAUGGACAGGAUCCGGAACGCCAUUAGCGAGCGACAAAAUGUAGAUGCUUAGUACGUCCCUAUGCUGCCAUAGUUUUAUGGUAUCUCUCUGUACAGGCUAUGAGCAAACUUAGGGGGCUG